AUGGAGAGUCCCUGGUUCUGCCUGGUCCUCCUGGUCUUAGGUCUCUCCUCUGGAGGGGUGACCACAACUCCAGUGCUUGCAGCGGGUCCGCAGACCUCCUGCUCUCUGGAAGGAGUAGAGAUCAAAGGCGGCUCCUUCCGACUUCUCCAAAACGGCCAGGCCCUGGAGUACCUGUGUCCCUCUGGCUUCUACCCGUACCCUGUGCAGACCCGAACCUGCAGGUCCACAGGCUCCUGGAGCACCCUGCAGACCCGAGAGCAAAAGAUUGUCAAGAAGGCGGAAUGCAGAGCCAUACGCUGCCCACGACCACAGGAAUUUGAAAAUGGGGAGUUUUGGCCCCGAUCAGUGUACUACAACCUGAGUGACCAGAUUUCCUUUCAAUGCUAUGACGGUUACACGCUCCGGGGCUCUGCUAAUCGCACCUGCCAAGCAAAUGGCCGAUGGGAUGGGCAGACUGCAAUCUGUGAUGACGGAGCGGGAUACUGUCCCAACCCGGGUAUUCCCAUUGGCACGAGGAAAGUGGGCAGCCAGUACCGCCUUGAAGACAGCGUUACUUACCACUGCAGCCGGGGACUUGUCCUGCGUGGCUCCCAGCAGCGGAGGUGCCAGGAAGGUGGCUCAUGGAGUGGGACAGAGCCUUCCUGCCAAGACUCCUUCAUGUAUGACAGCCCUCAAGAGGUGGCCGAGGCAUUCCUGUCCUCCCUGACGGAGACCAUAGAAGGAGUGGACGCUGAGGAUGGGCACAGCCCAGGGGAACAACAGAAGAGGAAGAUCGUCCUGGACCCCUCGGGCUCCAUGAAUAUCUACCUGGUGCUGGAUGGGUCCGACAGCAUUGGCUCCAGCAACUUCACGGGGGCCAAGAGCUGUCUCACUAACUUGAUUGAGAAGGUGGCGAGUUACGGGGUGAGGCCAAGAUAUGGUCUGGUGACGUACGCCACAGUCCCCAAGGUCUUGGUGAGAGUGUCUGAUGAGAAAAGCAGCAAUGCCGACUGGGUCACAGAAAAGCUCAACCAGAUCAGCUACGAAGACCACAAGCUGAAGUCAGGGACCAACACCAAGAGGGCUCUCCAGGCCGUGUACAGCAUGAUGAGCUGGGCAGGGGACCACCCCCCAGAAGGCUGGAAUCGAACGCGCCAUGUCAUCAUCAUCAUGACUGACGGCUUGCACAACAUGGGUGGAGACCCUGUCACUGUCAUUCAGGAGAUCCGGGACUUGCUGGACAUUGGCAGGGAUCGCAAAAAUCCCCGGGAGGAUUAUCUGGAUGUCUAUGUGUUUGGGGUGGGACCUAUGGUGGACUCCGUGAACAUCAAUGCCUUGGCCUCCAAGAAGGACAACGAGAAGCACGUGUUCAAAGUCAGGGACAUGGAGGACCUGGAGAACGUUUUCUUCCAAAUGAUUGACGAAAGCCAAUCUCUGGGGCUCUGUGGCAUGGUGUGGGAGCACAAGGGAGGCAGCGAUUAUCACAAGCACCCAUGGCAAGCCAAGAUCUCAGUCACUCGGUCUACGGGACACGAGAACUGCAUGGGGGCUGUGGUGUCUGAAUACUUUGUGUUGACCGCAGCACACUGCUUCACAGUGGAAGAUCAGAAACAUUCCAUCAAGGUCAGCGUGGGAGGGAGGAGGCAGGACCUGGAGAUUGAAGAGGUCCUUUUUCACCCCAACUACAACAUCAACGGGAAGAAGGCAGAGGGCAUCCCCGAGUUCUAUGACUACGAUGUGGCCCUGGUCAAGCUCAAGACCAAGCUCAAGUAUGGCCAGACUCUGAGGCCCAUCUGUCUCCCCUGCACGGAGGGAGCCACCCGAGCCCUGCGGCUUUCUCAGCCAGCCACCUGCAAGCAGCACAAGGAAGAGCUGCUCCCUGUGAAGGACGUGAAGGCUCUGUUUGUAUCUGAGGAAAGGCAGCGGCUGACACGGAAGGAAGUCUACAUCAAGAACGCGGACAAGAAAGCCAGUUGUGAGAGAGACGCUCUCCGGGCCCCAGGCUAUGACAAGGUCAAGGAUGUGUCCCAGGUGGUCACCCCCAGGUUCCUCUGCACUGGAGGGGUGGACCCCUAUGCUGACCCCAACACGUGCAAAGGAGACUCUGGGGGGCCUCUCAUUGUUCACAAGAGGAGCCGCUUCAUUCAGGUUGGUGUGAUCAGCUGGGGCGUGGAGGACGUUUGCAAGAACCAGAAGCAGAGGCGGCAACAGCUCGCCUCCGCCCACGCCCGGGACUUUCACAUCAACCUCUUCCAGGUGCUGCCCUGGCUCAAGGACAAACUCCAAGAGGAGGGUUUGGGCUUCCUGUAGGGGACUUCCUGCUGGGAGGAGUGAGGAGCAAAUUAAAGCAGUGCAAUAAAGACUGUGUCCACAUCUUUUUGGGG